AUGUAUAAUAAAGCAAAAAUUAAGAAUCAGAUAAUGUGGAAAAUAAGGAAUGCAAUGUAUCAAAGGGAACGGUAUCGAAAGAAACGUCAAGCAAUAUCAAUGCUUUCACCAACGAUUUUGGCACCAUUCAUGUUUUCUCCCGUUUUUGGUCUCAGUAUUUUGGGACCAGUGGUACUGUCACCUAGCAUUUUCAGUCCAUUGAUUCUGAAUCCGUCCAUUCUUGGCCCAUAUAUCCUUUCACCGGGCGUCUUCCUUCCCUUCAUUAUCUCACCUUAUAUACUCUCUCCGUAUGUUUUAUCACCACUUAUUGGUGCACCAUACAUCUUAUCUCCCUAUGUUUUAUCACCCAAUGUUAUCAAUCCAUAUGUAUUAAGUCCGUUAGUGCUCAGUCCAUACAUUCUUAGUCCGGAUAUUAUUUCGCCACAAACAUUGGGCGGUCAGAUUUUAUCACCAAAUGCAUUUUCACCAUCGAUUUAUGCGGACAGUAUUCUCUCGAUUAGUGUCCUUUCGCCUAGCUGGAUGUCUAAAUAA